AUAUCUCUCUACUUCAUGACGUUGAGUAUUCGGUCAUCUUGGAGCUCUGAUACUGAAGGACUUAAUGAUGGCCUACAUUUCCACCGGACCCAGGGAGUUUGUUCAAUACCUUCUAUGUGGGGCGCAUAUUGGGAAAAUGGCAAAUGAGCUCCCUUGGCGAGACUUUUAUCGAGCCCUUUACCAGAAUCGUGGCGUCGUGGCACUGUCCGGUGUGGGUGAAAGAAAGGAUUUCUGUUACUUCCAAGUCCCAGCCGAUCGAAACACACUAUCAGACGCCAUGACGACUGAUGAGUACACUACUUUGCUUAAGUUGCGCUGUCAGCCCUGGAAUAUUCUUAUCCUCCACGACAUAUGUUGGCAACACCUGGUGCAACAUUGGGACCCGGACGACAUUGAUUUAGAGUGCCUUUUCAAUGUGCUGUGCAAAUUGCCGAAAUUUCCAGACAACGAGUCACGCUUUGGAGAAUAUGCAUAUCCUUUUGAAACACCAACUUUGGAGCAGCUUCAACAGUCUCAACGAGAACUCCCCUCCCGAAGACAUAUCGAAGAGGAAGAAAAGCUGGCCCCAAGACGAAAUUCUACAGACUGCUUCCGGAGGCUCCCUAGAGAAAUCAGAGAAAUGGUUGGAGCUCUUUUGCUAACCAGUGACGCCCUUAGCGCCCGUCUUGCUUCUCGAUCAAUGUCAGAGAUUUUCGACAGCCAGAUGUUUUGGAGAUCACGGUUUGAAGUGAACGCAGAGCGGGGCUUCCUCAGUCAUUUUCUUCGCCAGCUUCAACGUAACAGGACCCCCUUUGACUGGCGACUACUAUACCACAAUACGUGUCAAAUUCGGUGUGGUACUUCGUUUGAUCUGACGAUCAAAGUGUGGGAAAAUCGUCGGUGGGUUGCAGACGCGCUGAAUUGUCAAGCACACGGGGUAGUAGCUGCUACACCUCCUCUCAUGGAAUUCGGCGGCAGAGCCUUACAUAACUACCAUGGUACCAUUUGGCCUGGGACACAUAUUGAGACUGUCAUGCUGCCGCCAGAUCUGGUGAGGGUUGGUAUCGCGGUCGUCAUGGAACAUGGUAGCAAAGCAACUCGUGUCACUGGUCUUGAAUUCAUCUGUGAUCAUAGCCCGAGCGCGUCUCUCGGAUAUAAAACUCCGGGAGCAAGGGUCAUGAAAGAAGAAGAGCCUGGCGCUAGGGAGAUACUUCAUCCGAUAUCCGUUGAUUUCUUAGAAGUGUUUCUAUACCCGGGAGUUCAAAUACUUAUGGAGGCCGCGUCACUACAAGGCUAUGGUAUUUACCGUGACUCGGAGGGCACCCGUUUAUUGCAGCUGCUGAGAGACGGAGGGGAUACGGAAAUAGUAGGCUUGCCGAAUAUUGAAGCAUCAAAUCAGGAGCAAUAUCAGUUCCGAAUGGAUAAAGUGGUUGCGGUGACUGCUGCACUUGAUGUUCACGGUAUUAAUGAUUUGGGAAUUCGAGGGUUUGGAAACCACCAGGCGAGAUCCCAGAAUCUAUACUUUGGAAGGGAUAUAUUUGACACUAUCCCUAUCUAG